AUGACGUUCUCCAAUUCCAGCAGCAGCAACAGCAGCUUGGCGGACACGGUCUUCGUGGGCCUCUACACCCUCAUCUUCACGCUGGGGCUGGUGCUUAACCUGGCCGCGCUCUACAUCUUCUUCCGCUGCAGCAGCGUCCGCUCCCUCACCACCGUCUACAUGAAGAACCUGGCCGUCUCCGACCUGCUGCUGGUGGUGUCCCUGCCCGUCCGCAUCUACUACUACAGCAGGCGGCCCAACCUGGGGUACCAGCUCUGCGAGAUCACGGGGCUGCUGCUGCUGGUCAACAUGUACGGGAGCAUCUUCCUGCUGACCUGCAUCAGCUGGGACCGCUGCAUGGCCGUCUGCUUCCCCAUGCACCCGCGGGUCAAGGCGCUGCGCAAGCAGGCCAAGUACAUCUGCCUGGGCGUCUGGCUGCUGAGCUGUGCCGGCACCGUGCCCACCUACUUCGCCCAGAUGAACAAAGACGUGUCAACGAAGCGCCACUGCUUCGACAACCAGCCCGAGUACGUCACCAAGCCCAGCGUGUCCUCGGCCAUGGCCCUGUGCUUCGCCCUGCCGCUGCUGGUCAUGGUGGUCUGCUCCUGGGCCCUGCUCCGCGCCAUCCACCGCAGCGCGGCCGCCCAGAUGGAGCUGGUGAACAGCGCCAAGAUCCGCAGCAUGAUCGUGGCCAACGUCACCAUCUUCCUCGGCUGCUUCCUGCCUUUCCACCUGGUGCUGAUCUGCUACCAGGUGGACUCCCUGAAGGGCGAGACGCUGAACUUCUCCUACCGCUGCACCUUGCUGGUGGCCUCCGCCAACGCGGCCCUGGACCCGCUGGCCUAUUACUUUGCCACCGAGACCUUCCAGCGCAUGGUGGUGAUGGACAACCUGCGCCAGGCCUGGGGCUUUCACACCGACAGCGCCGAGGGGCAGAGCCGCUCCCAGACCGCGCUCCGGCAGUGCAUCUACCUGCAGAACAUCCUGGCCGUGCCGAACAGCACCCCGCUGGUGGGGAGCCCCAGCAGGGAGCCCCGGAGCUAGCGGGCCACGGGGCUGGGCUCCC